CUCUGACAGCCUUUCCAGUGAAGCCCGUGUCGACUCGCCCCGGGGCCUGGUAGUGGUUGUGGUGAAGACCUCAGCACUAUGGAUCCGUUUUUGUCUCUGCUGCACUCUUUCUCCUCGAGCUUGACAGAUAGGGAGCUUUCUUCCAUGAAGUUUCUCUGCAUGGAUAAAAUUAGGAAAAGGAAGCUCGAGGAUGUCCAAACUGGCGGGGAGCUCUUCACCAUCCUUCUCGAGCAGCAGGACAUAACAAGAUAUGACGUAGCGUUUCUUGAGGAAUUGCUUAGGAACAUUAAAAGAGAAGAUCUGCUCUUAAAGCUAAAGCAGUUCGUAGAUGAAGGAGAAGUUAAGGCUCCUGAAGAUCAACCCGAUCCACAUGAAAAACGUCUUCAGAAGGUAGCCAUGGAGGUCAUAUGCGAUAAUGUUGGGAGAGACUGGAAAAUGCUGAUGAGGAAACUGGACUUUUGUGAUGUGAAAAUGGACAGAAUAGUGGAAGCUAACCCACGGGACUUGCGUGAGCAGCUGGUUCAGUCUCUGCGAGAGUGGCAGAGGUGGAGGGGAAGAGAUGCAAAGGUGGCUGACUUGAUAACAGCUCUUCGGGGCUGUGGUAUGAAUUUGGUGGCAGACAGAGUUGAACAGGAGCUCUCGCUACUGAACAGUGGAGCCAGGUGAAAUCAAUG